AUGGCGGACAGUAGCGACGAGUGCUACGUCGACCUCUCGGCCGCGAUGGACGCCGCAAUAAACAAGAUGUGGCAGUCGUACGACCCGAACAACAACGGGUUCCUCAACCGAGACGAGGCCCGCGAGCUCCUCAUCUCGACGCUCAAGGAGAUGGACGUGCCCGGCGACCUCUUGAGCGACGACGCGUUCGAUGCCAUCUUCAACGAGUUUGACUCGGACGCCAACGGCACCAUCUCCAAGGACGCGAUCAUCACUCCCUUUGCCUUUGCGCCGUCGCACGUCGUCGUGCCCAUUGGCACCACCGUGACGUGGGUGCAUGCCAACCCAUUUGCGCCGUUGCAUUCCAUCACGAGCGCCGACUCGCCCGAGCUGGCGCUCGGACAGAGCUUUCUCCGCGUCUUCGACGCUGCGGGCACGUUCCACUACUACUGCCACCGGUACUCGUUCAUGCAGGCGUCAAUUACGGUCCUCGACGCCGCUCCACGCGUUCCGCCACCGCUGGUGCUAGCGACGGCCGCACCCAUGCCCAUGACGACCCACGACGCGUUCGUCCAUGCCGCGUCUUUGAACCAAACGACGGUCCUCGCUCGAUGGAUUGAGAAAGGACUGGUCGUUGACGGCGCUGACGCCGAGGGCCAAAGAGCGCUGUGCAUGGCCGCCCGCCACCAGUCGCUCGACGCGAUGCAGCUUCUGCUUGCGCAUGGCGCGAGCGUGCACGCGACGCAGAGUCCCGGGCGCCAAACCGCACUGCACUGUGCUUGCACGUGGGGACGCCUUGCAGCCGUCGAGCUACUCCUCGCCCACGGCGCGCGUGUCGAUGGCUGCGAUGCGUCGAAGCAAGUGCCGCUGCACUGCGCGAGCCGGAAUGGGCACCUGGGACACACACCGUUGAAAGUCGCCACCGACUGGAAGCGCGUGGACGUGCUCGACGCGCUCACACACUAUAUGUCGACGACGUAUCCGACCGCCAUGGCGCGCAGACUGCAGCUCGCCUUGGCCUACGUGCGCUACGAACUCCCGCGUGGCGUGCAUGACACCAUCUCCGAGUACUUGGCCUAGAAGACGCGUGUGUAAAUAUAGC